UCUCAUUUUCGUCUUCCCCACACUUCCUUCACUUUUCCUCGAUUCCUCACCAUGGAGCACAUCACCCAAUUCGUGCAGAAAUCAGACAGCAAUGCCACGGCUGUUGCCAUUUUCGGUGUCAUCGGUGUCGCCGCUAUUGCCCUCAAGACACUGAGCUUCCUCAAGGUCCUUGCGGACGUCUUCUUGCGAUCUGGAAUCAAUGUCAAGAAAUACGGAGCUGGACGCGGUGGCUGGGCUGUUAUCACCGGAGCCACGGACGGCAUUGGCAAGGAAUUCGCGUUCCAGCUGGCCUCCAAGAAGCUGAAUAUUGUUCUUGUUUCCCGUACCGAGAGCAAGCUGAGGGCCAUUGCUGAAGAGCUCGAACAAAAAUACAGCGUUGAGACCAAGCACUAUGCCAUGGACUUCACCAAGGGAUCCGAGGCGGACUACAAGGCGCUCGAACAGUUGCUUAGCUCCAUUGAAGUUACCGUGCUCGUCAACAAUGUUGGAACCAACCAUGAAAUCCCCACUCCGUUUGAGCAGGAAACUGACAAGAUCAUCCAUGACAUCAUUGAAGUCAACGUCAAGGCCGCUAUGAAGCUCACCAAGAUUGUCGUUCCCCAAAUGGUUGCUCGCAAGAACGGGUUGAUCAUCAACCUCGGCUCCUUUGCUGGACUUGUUCCUACACCGUUCUUGUCUGUCUACUCUGGCUCCAAGGCCUUCCUCUCCAGCUGGUCCCAGGCCAUUGGUGCUGAGUUGGCCCCUAAGGGCAUCCAUGUCCAGAACGUGAACACAUACUUUGUUGUUUCGACUAUGUCCAAGAUACGUCGUGCUAGCAUGUUGAUCCCCAUGCCCAAGCCCUAUGUGAAAUCCGUCCUUGGCCAUCUCGGUAUCUCAGGGGGUGCUUCGACCCCAUUCACCUCUACACCCUUUUACAGCCACGCGAUUGCCAACUGGCUUAUCGACAACGUGCUCAACCGUGCCUUCUGGGUCAAGCAGAACUAUAACAUUCAGGUUGAUAUCCGCAAGCGUGCCUUGAAAAAGAGAGAGCGCGAGGCCGCUGCUGCCAAGAGCCAGUGAAUGGGGCGCGGUUGAAAAUAUUUGGAGAGCCGAUGGAAGAGAUAGAAAGGACCUAAGAUGCUGCCAUGCGACAGCUAUCCAAUUUAUCAUGAUAAAGGUUCAUGCAAAAAGAACGAAGGAAGAAGAUCAGCACUGCUGUGCACGAGUUCAGAUAAAGUAAUCUAUGUGUUUAUUUCAAAAAAAAA